UGCACAGAUUUGCACGUGAGUGCGUUUCAUUAUUUUCUGUGAAGGAUUAUUUAUAAAAUGAAUGUAAAAAAUAUGUAAUACGUCUUCGAACCAAUAUUUAAUACAUUUUGAUGCUAUUAAUGGUUUUCAUUCAAACAUUUAAUUAUGUCCGUGAAAAUGGGUAAAAGGAAAUUCGAGGAAGAGAACAGGGAUAAGCAAAAUAGCGGUAAAUCCGCUUCAGAAACAACAGAAAUUAAACGAAUUCUAUCUCGUUUUAAGUCGGACACUGGCGAAAUACUACCAGGCGGUUUACUAGAUUUACCUAUAAACAUUACUAUUGACAAACUACAAGCAAUUUGUAAUGCGCUUCUACAAAAUAAAGAAUCAGUACCUUUUGCUUUCUAUGUAAAUGAUACAGAGAUUACAGAUAGUUUAGAAAAAAAUAUCAACGAAAAUUUUAACAUUAGUGAGGAUCUAGUGGAAAUUGUCUAUCAACCACAAGCAGUUUUUAAAGUUAGAGCAGUUACUAGAUGUACUGGUUCAUUAGAGGGUCACAAGGAAGCUGUGAUAACAGUUGCUUUUUCACCAGAUGGAUCUAGCUUAGCAAGUGGUUCUGGAGAUACUACAGUUAGAUUUUGGGAUAUCUACACACAAACUCCAAACUAUACUUGUGAAGGUCAUAGGCAUUGGGUUUUAUGCAUAUCGUGGUCUCCAUGUGGAAGGAAACUUGCUUCUGCAUGUAAAUAUGGGACAAUUAUAUUAUGGGAUCCAAAAACAGGCAAACAAAUAGGAAGACCAAUGUCAGGUCACAAAAUGUGGGUUACAUCUUUAUGCUGGGAGCCUUAUCAUAAAAAUCCAGAAUGUCAAUAUUUAGUUAGUGCUUCCAAGGAUGGCGAUUUAAGAAUAUGGGACACUGUUCACUGUCAAACAGUUCGUGUUCUUUCUGGUCACACAAAAAGCGUGACAUGUGUUAAAUGGGGUGGAAGUGGACUUAUUUACUCUGCAUCUCAAGAUAGGACUAUUAAAGUGUGGAGAGCUGAAGAUGGAAUCCUGUGCAGAACUUUGGAAGGUCAUGCACAUUGGGUGAAUACAUUAGCUCUGAAUGUAGACUAUGUACUUAGGACUGGCCUUUACCAUCUUGGAAAGAAUGCAGAUAAAACGGAGAAUACAUUGGAACAUGCAAAAAAGCGAUAUGAAUCCGUCGGCGAAGAAAUACUUGUAUCUGGUUCUGAUGAUUUCACAUUAUUCCUUUGGAAACCACAAAAGGAAAAAAAAACUAUUGCAAGAAUGACUGGCCAUCAGCAAUUAAUAAACGAUGUAAAAUUUUCACCAAAUGGUCGUAUAAUAGCAUCAGCUUCCUUUGAUAAAUCUAUAAAAUUGUGGGAAUCUAAUACAGGAAAGUAUAUAGCUUCGUUAAGAGGCCAUGUACAAGCUGUGUAUUCAAUUGCUUGGAGUGCAGAUUCUCGCUUGCUUGUUAGCGGUAGCGCGGAUUCUACAUUAAAAGUGUGGAAUAUGAAAACAAAGAAACUCUGCCAAGAUUUACCUGGCCAUGCCGAUGAAGUUUAUGCAGUAGACUGGUCUCCAGAUGGAUUGCGUGUUGGGUCUGGUGGAAAAGACAAAGUUUUAAGAUUAUGGCAGAACUAAACAAUGUAUAUAAUAAUAAAUAUUUCUUAACA